UCUAUUUACUAGAAUCUAGAUUUAGUGACUUAGUCUGAUUUAGGCCUUAGAAAAUCUCGAUCUUCUAGAUCUAAAUCUAGAUUCUCGAUCUAGAGUCCAGACCUAGAAUCUAGAUCUAGAUCCUAUUCUAGAUCGGUCUAAUCCUGAUCUAUAGAUCUACAUAGAUUCUAGAUCUAGUAUACUUGAUCUAGCUUAAUGAAUGAUGAUGUUCAUAAUGUUAGCUUCUUAAUAAAAAUAGCAUCGGGCACUAUUUUAAUUCAUGAAUUGAAUAGGCCUAGGCUAGGCCUAAUUUAAUUUUUAUAAUUUCUUAUGAUGUAGACUCUAGGCCUACUAAAAUAAAUAACCAAGAUUCACUAGCAGCAGUCACGCUGAGAGAGAGAGACUCAUCCACUAACUAUCUGAGUCUCUAAAGACUCCACCACUCUAGAUCUGGUAAAAUAAAAAUGACAGACCCUCCGUUUACAAUCCGCAUAAGAUCAGAAAACAAUCAGGAUAUGGACUGGAUGGUGAAACCAGACGAAGUUACCUUUUUGCAAACAUUAGAGGUCUUCUCACAAAUAAUGCCACAUGCCUCUCAUACAGCCUUUGAAUAUGAGGAUGAAGAUGGCGACAGAAUUACUGUUCGAUCUGAUGAUGAUAUGAGAAAUAUGUUUUAUAACUACUUCAGUGAGUUGAGUGAUGAAGAUCGAGCUAGAGGACUUUUUCCACCCUUGAUAAUUUUCCCCAAACACCCAAAGACACCACAGAACAGAAAUAUUCAUGGUUUGAAAAUCAGAACCGGCAGUCAGACAGAGGAAAAGGCUGAGACGCAGCAUCCUGUGGCAAGACCUAAUGGCAUUGAGAGGAUUCUCAGCUGUGGGAAUAUCACCAAAGAAUCAUUACAUUACGCUGAAAUAUUAGGCUUAGGAAAUGGAGGGAAGGUCUAUAGGGCUAUUCAUAAACCUACGAAGCAAGUUUUGGCUGUCAAGGAAAUAUUAUUAGACAUAACAGUAGAAGUACAAAAACAGAUCAUUUCAGAACUGGAAAUCCUGUACAAGUGUGAUUCCCGCAUGAUAAUAUCCUUCUAUGGUGCUUUUUUCUACGAGAACCGCGUGUCUAUAUGUACAGAAUUUAUGGAUGGUGGCUCACUGGACUGCUACAUGCCAGUCCAUGAGAGGGCGCUGGGCCAGAUUAGCCUGUGUGUUAUAGAGGGCAUGCUCUACAUGUGGAACCUGAAAAUUUUACAUAGAGAUAUCAAGCCAUACAACAUACUAGUCAAUACUGCAGGUCAGGUGAAAUUAUGUGACUUUGGGGUCAGCACACAGCUGGAGAAAUCUAUAGCCUCAUCAUUCCUGGGUACCAAUGUUUACAUGGCCCCUGAGAGAGUUCAAGGUCAUGACUAUGGUAAACCUGCAGAAGUCUGGAGUUUUGGUGUCACUUUGUUUGAGCUGGCCACUGGCAAGCUGCCUUUUCUAAGUAUGAAAUAUUCAGCUGACAAUUCAAUUAGCCUUCAACCCAUUCAGCUGAUGAAUCUGAUAAUAAACGAGCCAACCUUAAGACUUCCAGAAGAAAAUUUUUCCUUGGAGUUGAUUGAUUUUGUUCAGAGAUGCCUACAGAAAGUUCCUGACCUAAGGCUCUCAGAACAAGACCUUCUGAGCCAUCCUUUUAUGAAAAAACAAGAUCAUAUAGACCAGUCCAUCAUAUCAGAAAUGGUAUCUCAGAGAAAAAACAAGAUCAUAUAGAGCAUUCAUAUCAGAAGAUGAAAGUGGAGGCAACUAUAGUGAGGCAGGUGUUGGAACCCCCAAGGGUAAAGUGGGACAGCCUAAACAAUCCUGGAUAAGGACAGUGGAAGGAGAAGCCUGAGCUGGCCCAAAGUCCUGUGGGGGGGUGGUGCUCCACAGGGACUUGAAAAGGUCAAGUCAUCCUAGCAGAGAUGGUUCCUCGGAGAGAAAAACUAAGUGCCACUAGAUGCUAUCAUAUCCAUUCUGUAUUUUUGUUUAAAUAUUUUUACAAUGUUGAGUUACAGGUUAAAAGAUGAAUGAAAUAAUUACUGUGCAUUGAUUGAGUUGUAUAUAUCUAGUAGUUAAGGUAUAGACUGAAUUGAUAGUCAACUAGAUUGGGGCCAACCACAGGGUUACUAUAGUUACAUAGGCAACUUCUUCACACUUUACCUCAAAGUUUUUCAAUUAAAUUAAGUGUGGCUAACAGUGUAUUUAUUCAUGUAAAUUUUAAUUGAUAAAAUAUUGGGAAAAAAAAAUUUGUGAUUGAAAAAUGUCUUUGAAAUUUGAAAUUGUUUUAUUUUUAGUUGAUAUAAUAUGUGAACAUGUAAUUGUAAUAUGGGGUGGUAAUUUAUGUCAUAAGUACUUGAAGUGGUAGUGUAUGUGAUGUGGUGAUAGAGUAUGUGUUGUUUACAUACUUUGGCAGUUUAUCAAUGACACCUCCCCUCCUCCCACAUUGUUCUAUUAUACAAUUCAAUUUUCAUACAUUUGCCUUAAAGAACUGAAACAUUUUACAAUUGUAGAUGUCAAGGCUUAAGUUGAGAAGACUCCAUGGAAUUUUAUUUAUCUUCCAUGGUGUUUGAAAUGUGUUAUUCUGAGACUGUGUAGCAACAUUUUUUUGAUGGUUGGUUCUCCUACCAGCCUGAAGGUUUGAUCAGAUGUAUCAAAUGUGGGCUGGUGUGAAGGUUUGAUGACAUGUACAAAUGUGGGCUGAUGUGAAGGCUUGAUGAGAUGUACAAAUGUGGGCUGGUGUGAAGGUUUGAUGAGAUGUAUCAAAUGUGGGCUGAUGUGAAGGUUUGAUGAGAUGUAUCAAAUGUGGGCUGGUGUGAAGGUUUGAUGAGAUGUAUCAAAUGUGGGCUGGUGUGAAGGUUUGAUGAGAUGUACAAAUGUGGGCUGAUGUGAAGGUUUGAUGAGAUGUACAAAUGUGGGCUGGUGUGAAGGUUUGAUGAGAUGUAUCAAAUGUGGGCUGAUGUGAAGGUUUGAUGAGACGUACAAAUGUGGGCUGAUGUGAAGGUUUGAUGAGAUGUAUCAAAUGUGGGCUGGUGUGAAGGUUUGAUGAGAUGUACAAAUGUGGGCUGGUGUGAAGGUUUGAUGAGACGUACAAAUGUGGGCUGGUGUGAAGGUUUGAUGAGAUGUAUCAAAUGUGGGCUGGUGUGAAGGUUUGAUCAGAUGUACAAAUGUGGGCUCAUGUGAAGGUUUGAUGAGAUGUAUCAAAUGUGGGCUGAUGUGAAGGUUUGAUGAGAUGUACAAAUGUGGGCUGAUGUGAAGGUUUGAUGAGAUGUAUCAAAUGUGGGCUGAUGUGAAGGUUUGAUGAGAUGUAUCAAAUGUGGGCUGAUGUGAAGGUUUGAUGAGAUGUAUCAAAUGUGGGCUGAUGUGAAGGUUUGAUGAGAUGUAUCAAAUGUGGGCUGAUGUGAAGGUUUGAUGAGAUGUAUCAAAUGUGGGCUGAUGUGAAGGUUUGAUGAGAUGUAUCAAAUGUGGGCUGAUGUGGUUUGAUGAGAUGUAUCAAAUGUGGGCUGGUGUGGUUUGAUGAGAUGUAUCAAAUGUGGGCUUGAAAGCCUCUAUAUGGCCUGGUGUUUAUUCAUUAUGUUGAUGAGGCCAGCUCUUAAAAUCUUCCACAUAUCUUUUUUUGUUGAACAUAAAUUACAGCUACACAAUC